AUGGCCAGACCCUGGCUGGCCCCACAGCUUCUACUGGCCGUUCUGGUGGCCCUGGUGGCCCUCACCUACCAAAUAAAGAGGAAAACCUUCAUAAGUGUCCAAGAAGUGGCUGCAUCACAGAGCUAUGUGGUCGCUGCCAUGCAGUUCGUGACCAGUGAGUUCAACAAGGAAAGCAAGGACAAGUACAGCUUCCGCAUCGUGCGCGUCCUGAAGGCCAAGGAGCAGGUUACUGACCACAUGGAGUACCACGUGAACCUCGAGAUGCGGCGAACCACCUGUGAAAGACUAGAGGCCCAGAACUGCACCUUUCAGGAAGGGGAGCUUUACAAGCAAAUUGAGUGCUUCUACUCAGUGUUUGCUGUUCCCUGGUUUGAAAAGUACAAAAUUCUGAAGAAAAAUUGCACCAGUGACUAGGCGUCCUGGAGCCCACGCCUGUGGGCUCCUGCAACGAGCAGUGAUUCCCAGGAUG